UUUCUCAUCCAAUCAUAUUCGGAUUCCACCGUUUUUCGAAAACCCUCCAUCUCUCUCUAAACUCAUCGGCUUCAGAGAGUUAACAUCCUACAAUCGAUCUCCACCGGAUGACCCUUCUUCCGUUUCUACACCGGCUUCCGAAGUGUCAGACACACGAUCCUCCAUAGGGUUAGUUUAAUCACAUCUGCGAUUCCCUCUACACAUUUAUCUCUUCCAUCACCAUUCUUCUCUAUCACCGACUCAGAUGCUUCUCUAACCUUUUUUCUGGUCGGCGGCUUCAAAGAUGAAAGAAAGUGUAAUUCAUUCUUUAAACCCUAGAAAAUAAUCUCCGGUCUGUCAAUCACGUUCUUUCUUUCACCUCCAUCUACUCCGCUGACCGAUCGUACCACACUUAAUCCUCAGGUUACUACUUUUUUUUAGUUCUUCAAGUUAGAUUUCAGUGAAAUUGCACAAAUUUGGGACUAUGAGUGUUCGUUCUUUCUAUAGAAAAGGCGUUAGCAGACCGAUGACGAUGAGAGUCAAGGAGCAUUGUUUCAAUGUUGAAGAAGCCCAACUGUUAGAAUGUUGGAGUAAAUCAACUGGGAUGCAAAGCCUAUGGAGUGUCGACCAGGCAUGGAACCGAUCAGAAAUAGGGGGUGACAAAAGAAAACUGAAAUCUGCUACAGCUCACCAGCUACAUGUUUCAUAUGGAUCUGAAAUUGUGUUCCAGGAUAUUACAACAUCAGAUACAACAGAACCUAGGGCAGGCCUACACUCUGACUCCCUGGAACAUCGUGCUAGCAUUGCAACUCAGUUGGCUGUUGAAAGAAUGUUGGCUUCUAAAGGAGAAAUAUGGAGGAACCCAACUAUCGUUUUGCUGGUGAAUCAAGGGCCAGAUCAAGAGACAACUUUGACCGCAGUAGCUGAGUAUAUAUUUUCUGCAGCAACAAAUCAACCUUUUCGGUUCCCAUCAAACUUCACUUUUCUUUUAAUAAAAAAGUUUCUGGGCGACAAGGCACUUGAAUAUUUCAAAUAUGGGUCAUUGGCAAUGGAGGGGUAGAAUUGGUCUAUUCAACGUUUUGAUGCCCAAGUUCACAUAACUACAGAUACACUUUGGUUCUUUCUUUUCUUCUAAACUUUUAUGGAUACAUAAUGUCACAUGGAUGAUGGAUGAUGUAUGAAGGAUAAUGGAUGCAUUCUUGUAUUAUAGGUAAAAUACUAUAUGCGACAGUUUCUAAGUGAAACAAUGUACACUUUGACCUUGAAUGUAGAGCUGACUAUUCUCCACUACAGAAUUGUUGUGUACUACAUUAAACUGUGCAACAACUACU